GAGGACCGUGGGCUACGUCAGUGGGCGUCAAUCAUCUUCGGCCUUUGCCGUCUCCUGCCAUCGCCACUCAAUAUAAGACUGGCUUACGAUGUCUCGCUCGUCCUCACUCUUCAAGUUCAACUAGUAUCACCAUGGUUAAGGGAUUCAGUUUUGACUUUUCUGGUAAAUGUAUCAUCGUCACAGGUGGUAACCGUGGCAUUGGCUAUGAAUUCAGCAGGGCCUGCGCUCAAGCUGGCGCUAGUGUUGCAAUUAUCUACAGGGCCUCAAAGAAUGCAGAGGAAGUGGCGGAGAAAAUUGGCAAAGAGUUCGGCGUGAAGACCAAAGCCUAUAAGUGUGAUGUUGGGGACGAAAAGCUUGUUAUCGAGACCGUCAAGAAGAUUGAUGACGAGCUCGGGCCAGUCUCUGGUCUCAUCGCCAACGCUGGUGUAAGCGUCAUAAAGCCUGCGAUUGAGCUCACCACAGAAGACUUUCGUAAAGUGUACGACGUGAACGUCCUUGGUGUCUUCAACACGGCCAAAGCUGUCGCUAAGCUUUGGAUUGACCGCAAGGCACAGAGUGGAUCCAUCGUGAUCACUUGCUCAAUGAGCUCGCAGAUAAUAAACAUUGUCGAUCAGAACGAGCCUCUCACACAGGUCUUUUAUAAUUCAUCCAAAGGCGCAGUGUCCAAUCUUACGAAGGGCCUCGCCGCCGAAUGGGCGAAGCAUGGCAUUCGUGUGAACGCACUUUCUCCUGGCUAUGUGAGCACGGAUCAGACUGCGCACAUGGACCGUAAGGUUCUCGAGAACCAGGCGAAAGGCAUCCCACUUGGUCGCUUUGCAGAGCCACAUGAGAUGACGGGACAGGCAAUUCUUCUUCUGUCUGAUCACGCAUCAUACAUGACCGGCGGAGAGUACUUCGUCGAUGGGGGUCAGUUGAUUUGGUAAAUCAUCACAAGUCCGGAACGGUUAGCAAGCAUGAGUUAUAAGGCCUUCUCCUACAUUACAGUAUGCAAUUGGCCUGGAUGUCUCACAUGUAUAGUAGGACCGAAAAUAUAAAGGAAAUGGUUGUCCG